AACAAGAAGAAGAACAAGAAUGGCAAGUUGCCAACCACAGAGAGAGAGAGAGAGAAAAUCUUAUGAUUAACGGCUUAACGCAUCUUUCCUUCUCUAUUGGCUUUUUUUUUUAAUAGCGAAGCCCUUUCGUAUGGUGGCCUUCCCCAGAGUUCGUUGGAACUUGAAAGCGUGAAGCCUUACCUUCUCUCUGUCUUUGUCUAGGUACGCGCAGGGAUUGAUAAGCUGAGGUCUUUGAUCUAGGAAUCUCUUAGAUUUGUUUUUGUAUGGUAGUUAUGAAUUCAGAAUGAGUUUCACCAAAAACAAUCAGAGUACGAGUUGAAGAUCUGCGGAAGGAGGAAUUCAGAUAUUUGGGUUUCUGUUUCUCUGGUCUUCUCUUUCGAAUUUGUAAUGGGUUGGAGGUAUAAGACGGGAUUGUUCCUCAUUUUGGCUGUUGUAAUCAUCUGGGUCACCUCUGCCGAAGUCACGCAGGGCAUUUUUACAGACUAUAAACAACCAUUUGCAGUUACAUAUUUAGGAGCAUCGCUUAUGGUAGUUUAUCUCCCAAUAGCAUUCAUCAAGGAUUGGCUAUGUCGUUCAUUGAGAAGCUGCUCUUCAAAAGGUGGUAAAAAUGCAGAAACUGUUGAUAAGUCAUCUGCAGAUGUUGAUUCUACUGUAAAAUUCCAUGAGAUGCAAAUCUUUGAAAUGGAAAUGCAAAGAAAAAACAGUGAAGCAGAGCUUUCUGUACAGGAAGAGGGAAAACCUUUAGUGUCUAAACACAAAGAGGAUGUGAACAAGCUAAAACAAGACAGAGAGCUUACCACAAGGGAAAUUGCUACAUAUGGAUUUUAUAUUGCGCCUAUCUGGUUUAUAACGGAGUACUUUUCUAAUGCUGCACUCGCACGUACAAGUGUUGCAAGUACUACAGUACUGUCCUCAACCUCAGGGCUGUUCACUCUUUUCAUUGGAGCCAUACUUGGACAAGACUCUUUAAAUAUGGCAAAAGUAGUUGCUGUGUCUGUUAGCAUGGCUGGUGUUGUGAUGACAACUCUGGGGAAGACCUGGGCCACAGAUGAGGCACAACUAAGUGCAUCUGCAAAUGGGAAACGAUCUCUUGUGGGAGACCUCUUUGGGCUUCUCUCAGCUAUGACAUACGGGUUAUUUACUGUGCUUCUCAAAAAGUUUGCUGGAGAGGAAGGAGAAAGAGUUGAUGUGCAAAAGUUAUUUGGAUAUAUUGGACUGUUCACUCUUUUUGCCCUCUGGUGGCUGGUGUUGCCAUUGACAGCUUUGGGAAUUGAACCAAAGUUCACAAUUCCCCACUCUGUUAAAAUGGAAGAAGUUGUACUUGCAAAUGGCUUUGUUGGAAGUGUCCUCUCUGACUAUUUCUGGGCUUUAUCUGUUGUUUGGACAACUCCACUGGUGGCCACAUUGGGCAUGUCUCUGACCAUACCACUUGCCAUGGUAGCUGACAUGAUGAUUCAUGGACGCCACUAUUCGGCAAUCUAUAUUCUAGGUUCUGCUCAGGUAUUUGCUGGGUUUGUGAUAGCAAACCUUUCAGAUCGGUUAUCCAAAAAGCUGGGAUUGUAGCAUUUUGUAAAGUUCAACUCCAAUUGUAUUCUUUCUAGUGCAUUCUAUUGUUUACCUUGUUGGUGCUAGGCCAACAGGUGUGUUAGUGAUACGAUACUUCAGAAAGUUCUUAGUCCCCAAGCAAGAAAGCGAGUUACUAUUCCAAUGCAUUUGAUUGUGGGAGUGGAUCAAGAGUCAUGCUUGUAUUUUUGCCUUGGUCCUUGUCAAGCCCUGGAUGCAAUAAACAUUC